CUUUUUUGUUGUGUAUGCCUUCCAUACACAGGCGUGCCAUACUCAUGCUUAGAAGGGCAUCGCGCAUGCGCCGGCCUGUCUGAACCUUGUGGCAGCGGGCCUGUGUUUUUCAUGUUCGCGCAGUCUCGACAACUAUGUAAAUAGAACGUCUAAAUUAUGAGUGUUCUUAGAGUUUCUUAACUUUUGUUCUGCAUCCACAUGUCCUUAUGAGUUACACAUUAUUCUGCAGUUUGGACAGACGUCGUGGAAGAGUAUGCUAGGUUUUCUAAACCUUCGUGAUUACAUAACACAUCCAUAGAGCUUCUGAUUUUCCAGGAAGAUUGGAAAUCCACAAGUCUUUUUACCGUAUCUAGGCAAGGGAGUAGUUCUGGAUUAAAGAUGAGUAAUUUCUUCUCAAGUGUCUUCCAGUUUACUUCUUAGUGCCGUGUGGUUAAACUACUGGAUAGGGGCUUUCUCGUUUUGCUUCGAGGCCAGUAUAGUAAAAAGACUUACGUCACCCAGUCGUCGACUCAACGUGUCUCCUGGAGGACUUCUGAAUUCAUCAUGUCAAUCAAGUCCGAAAAGCCAAGCCAACCGGACUUCAAAGAGGAAAACUCUUUGGAAAUGCCAUUGUUAUCUGAAAAUGGAAACUCUCACUCAGCCCCACAGGAUAAAGCCCCCAGCCUGAUUUCAAAACGGUCUAGUGCCAGUGCACUAUCAUCCUGUAACUCUGCUUCACUGAAGGCUCGCGCCAAGGCUGAGGCGGCCAAGGUGAGGUUGGAGUUUGCUCGCAAGGAGGCCGAGCUUAGAAAACAGAAUGCGACACAGGAAGCUGCCCUCCUUCUACUCAACGCAGAAAGGGAUGCUGCUAUGGCGGAAGUGGAGGCUGCGGUUCUCGAGACCGGACAAGACGUAGGCGGAUCCUCAAGGAAGAGCGAUGACCUGAAUCUUCCCAGCGGAGGCUACAAAGAACGAGUAGAACAGUACUUGUCCUCUUGUAAAAAUGCAAGUAAAACUGUAGAUUGUCAAGGACAUACACAGGUUAAUGAUUCCCUUACUGCCCCCUCACCCCAGCAUCUUGAUUCAAUAAAGGUAAUUUCUGAGGUGAGCAACAUGUUAAUGAAAAAAGAGUUAGUAACUAGUGGUUUAAGAAUGUUUAAUGACGAACCAGGUGCUUACAAAUCUUGGAAAGCAUCUUUCAAACAGGCUACAGCAGAAAUCAAAGUAAAGCCCUCGCAAGAAAUGGACUUGAUGCUCAAGUGGCUAGGAAAAGAUUCUUGCAAGUUGGUAACACCGAUCCAUUCGAUCCAUGUCGACCGCCCGGAUGUAGGUCUCAGCAGGAUGUGGAACCUGUUAGAUCGGAAGUACGGCACCCCAGAGGUCGUCGAGCAAGAUCUGCAACAGCGAAUCGAAGGCUUUCCAAAGAUCUCUCAUCGGGACAGUGCCAAGCUCCUUGAAUACAGCCACUUACUCAUGGAAAUUGAGUAUGUCAAGGACAUGGACAACUGCCCAGGAUUGCUACACCUCGACUCUGGCAGAGGGUUACGCCCCUUAGUGGAGAAGCUGCCGUACAACCUUCAGGAGAAAUGGCUGAUGGAGGGCGCUCGUUACAAAGACAAACACCAAGUGACUUUCCCACCAUUCAAGGUGUUCAGCGAAUUUGUGAGUUACCAGGCGAAAGUACGUAAUGAUCCCAGCCUUACAACGCCUCACGACCCCAAGCAACACGAUGCCACCAAGAGGACUGUCAGUGUAAGGGCUACUGAAGUUGGGAACCUCAAGCAACCUAAUGCCGGAGGAGAGCACUGUCCCAUCCAUAAGACCGCUCACUCCAUCGUGAAAUGCCGAGCCUUUCUUUCCAAAAACCAACCACAGAAGAGGGCCAUUCUGAGGAAUCAUCAUCUCUGCUUCAAAUGCUGCAUGCCGCAGCAUUCUGCACGUGAGUGCAAGGCAAACGUCAAGUGUGACUCGUGUGGCAGUGACCAGCACAUGUCCAUUCUUCACAACGAUCACCAGACCCAAUCAACGGAGAGGUUGCAAAAGCCAACUAAUGCUGCUCAACCGCAAAUCACCAGUGCAUGCUCCAAGGUCCAGGGGUCGAUGUGCUCGGCCGGGAUGUCCUGUGCUAAAAUCGUCCCAGUUCUAGUGAAGUCAAAGAGGGACCAAGGCACUUGUGUCAAGACUUAUGCCAUCAUCGAUGACCAAAGCAACAAAACCAUAGCAACACACAAACUUCUGGACAAGUUCAACAUUGACUACGGAGAGGUCAAUUACACACUGCGAACCUGCAGCGGAGAAGAGGCUGUGCACGGCCGGUGGGCAGAUGAUUUCGUAGUUGAGGACAUCCAUGGCACGGUGAGUGUAGACUUACCUGCUGUUACCGAGUGUUCUCUCAUCCCAGAUUUCAAAGAUGAGAUCCCCACGCCAGAUGUCACCAAGGUGUAUGAUCACCUGAAAGGUGUAAACAUACCGGAAAUCGACAACAACUGCACGGCAACUCUGUUGAUAGGGAGAGACGUCUCGGAGGCACACCAUGUCCUGGAGCAAAGGAUCGGACCCCCUGAUACACCGUUCGCACAGAAGUUGAAGCUUGGCUGGGUUAUCGUUGGCGAGGUGUGCCUGCAGGGUAUCCACAAGGGUGACAAUCAUCGGAGCAAGAUUUCAUCAUUGCGUACCCAAGUGCUCUUCACAGGACGACCUACCUUUCUUGAGCCUUGUCCGAAUGAGUUUCAAGUGAAGCAUCUAUUUGACAAUGACUCCGAUGGUGUUAGCCUGUCCAUCCAAGAGAAGCAGUUUGUAGAUCUGAUGAAGAGGGAAGGAGGCCUGAAAGAUGGACAGUGGACAGCACCAUUACCCUUCAAGCAACCAAGAGACCGACUGCCUAAUAACAGACAGCAAGCCUUCAAACGUGCCCAAAUUCUUCGAAAAGGCAUGGAGAGGGAUCCCACCAAGAGGGAGCACAUGCUGACAUUCAUGGAAGGGGUGAUAUCUCAUGGCCACGCGGAAGUUGCGCCCCCUCUUCAACCAGACGAAGAGUGUUGGUACUUACCUUUCUUCGGCGUGUACCACCCCAAAAAGAAAGACAAGAUCAGGGGUGUCUUUGAUUCUUCAGCCGAGUUCCUAGGCCACUCUCUCAACAAGGUACUGUUGAAGGGUCCUGACCUCACCAAUGACUUGGUGGGUGUCCUCAUGAGGUUCCGUCGGGGACGUGUAGCAGUUUGUGGAGACAUUGAAUCAAUGUUCUUCUGUUUCUCUGUGUCGGAGAGACACCAGAACUUUCUUCGCUUCUUCUGGCACAAGAACAAUGAUUUCAACAAACCUCUCAUCGAGUUCCGUAUGCGUAAACAUGUGUUUGGCAACACACCCUCACCAGCGGUAGCUACGUAUGGUUUGAGAGAUCUGGCUAAAGAUGCCGAACCUGAUGUCCGAGAAUUCAUCAACAAUGAAUUUUACGUGGAUGACGGACUUGCGUCAUGUGAUGACAGUGACACAGCCAUCUCGCUUAUCAAGCGCACCAGGUCCAUGUUGAUGGAGAAGGCUGGUGUUCGUUUACACAAAAUUGCUUCCAACUCCCAAGAAGUCCUCGAUGCAUUCGAGCCAGAGGAAGUCCAGAAAGACAUAAGGAACCUCACGCUCAGCGACGGUGUACCCACACAGAGAAGUUUGGGCGUUCUGUGGAACAUAUGUGAUGACACCUUUAGGUUUCAAACGGACCUGGAGGAAAGGCCCUACACGAGACGGGGUGUUCUGUCAACCAUCAACGGGGUGUUCGAUCCUCUUGGUUUUCUCGCACCAGUCAUGAUACAGGCAAGAGUCUUGUUCAGGGAUAUGACUGCACACAACGCUGGUUGGGAUGAUAGCCUUCCAGAUGAAUAUAGAGUAGUCUGGGAGUCUUGGAAGUCUGGGUUAGCUGAGCUGCAGUACCUGUCAGUUCCCCGUACCUACCCAGCUCACCCUGAUAAUGGAGUGCUGCACAUCUACUGUGAUGCUUCUGAGGUGGCGGUUGCUGCGGUUGCAUACUUGGUAGGAGCAGAGGAACCCAGGUCGGGAUUUGUCUUCGGCAAAUCAAAGCUGGCUCCUAAAGCAGGACAUACUGUACCUAGACUCGAGCUUUGUGCUGCAGUCCUGGCGACGGAAAUCAGCAAAGUGAUAUGCAGGGAGAUGGAUAUUCAGCCUUCAGGUGUGAAGUAUCACACAGACAGCAAGAUUGUUCUUGGGUAUCUGAACAAUACUACCAGACGGUUCCACACAUACGUCGCAAAUCGAGUUCAUAAGGUUCUCAACUUCUCUCGGCCUUGCCAAUGGAUGUAUGUGCCCUCAGGCAAGAACCCUGCUGACUGUGGCACACGUCCGAUUGCUACACAGAGCUUAAAGCACUCCUCGUGGCUUGAAGGUCCACAACAACAGGUGCCGAUACCAACGGAGGUCACGUCAUCAGAGUUCCCCCUGGUAAACCCUGAAGACGACAUCGAAAUAAGGCGCGAGGUGAAAAUCCAGGUAACUAAAACCAAGUUGGAACCAGCAAAUCUUGUCUCACGGGCCGACAGGUUUUCAACGUGGACCAGCUUGAUCAGAGCUUUCAGCCUGCUUGUUCACGUGGCCAGGUCCUUCAGCACAAGGAAUGAGCAAACCCAGAGUCAUGUCAAAGAUGUAAAACUCAAACGUGAUGUCCAGACAAUGAUGGUGCGGAUGGUACAAGAGCAGUUCUAUCAUCAGGAACUCAUCUGCCUGCGAGAAGGUACACCCUUACCACGUGGCAGUCCACUCCUAGACUUGUCGCCAAUGCUCAACCAAGAUGGGCUGAUCUGCGUUGGUGGACGCCUAAGGAAGUCUUCCCUUCCAGUGGUAUUGAAGCAUCCGGUACUGAUUCCUGGAAAGAGUCACAUUGCUAGGCUUCUUGUCCGACACUAUCACAGUGUUGGCCAUCCUGGUAGGCAGUUAACAGAGAGUUCUUUGCGCGAGGCUGGUUUCUGGAUAACAGGCUGCAAGAGAUUGGUGUCCUCGGUCAUUCACCACUGUGUUGUUUGUCGAAGGCUCAGAGGGAAGUUGGCAUCACAGCGCAUGGCAGAUCUCCCGGAAGAACGUCUCAAACCCGGCCCUCCCUUCACUCAGGUUGGCAUAGACUGUUUUGGGCCUUGGGAAGUGGUCAGCAGAAGAACCCGAGGCGGGACUGCUCAAAGCAAAAGAUGGGGAAUGAUAUUCUCAUGUCUCACGUCCAGAGCUGUCCACAUCGAAGUCAUUGAGGAAAUGAGCACUUCAUCAUGCAUUAACGCCCUGCGACGCUUCAUAGCCUUGCGAGGCAAAGUCGAAGUGUUUUGGUCUGAUCAAGGAUCAAAUUUUGUAGGAGUGAUGAACGACAAGCUCUUUCAGUCUUACCUUGAGAAGAAUGACACACAAUGGAAACUGAAUCCUCCCCAUGCCCCUCAUAUGGGAGGAGUUUGGGAAAGACUGAUCGGCGUGACCAAAAGGAUUCUCAACGGCAUCCUGCUUGAAACCAAACAUCAAAGUCUUACUCACGAGACACUAGUCACUUUUAUGACAGAGGUCAUGGCCAUAGUCAACGCUCGACCUCUCGUCCCGUUGACCUCCGACCCAGAGGAUACUUCCUUCCUCACCCCAUCAAUGUUGCUGACUCAGAAACAUGGAAGUAUCGAUGAAGUGAUCGUCGAAGACUCCGCUUCCAACAUGUACAGGGCUCAGUGGAAGAUGGUUCAAGUUCUCGCCGACCGGUUUUGGAAACAAUGGAGGCUCCGUUACCUCCAGAGUCUUCAGCACAGGCGUAAAUGGAUCAACCUGGAGAGAAACAUUGCAGUUGGGGACGUAGUGUUGUUGAGAGAUAAAGACAUCAGGAGAAACCAGUGGCCUCUGGGUAUUGUUGACGGUGUCAGUCCUGGAGAUGAUGGAUUGGUUCGAAAGGUGAAUGUCCGUUUGCCAUCAACUGGAAAGACGUAUGCCAGACCAGUGCACGAGUUGGUUCUGUUGGUGGAAUCUGGAUAACCAGAUGCCUUUGUCUUCGUAGGUGUGAAGUCAUUUGACGUCUAUUGGACGUCGGUGGGGAGUGUGCUGUACGCCUUUUUUGUUGUGUAUGCCUUCCAUACACAGGCGUGCCAUACUCAUGCUUAGAAGGGCAUCGCGCAUGCGCCGGCCUGUCUGAACCUUGUGGCAGCGGGCCUGUGUUUUUCAUGUUCGCGCAGUCUCGACAACUAUGUAAAUAGAACGUCUAAAUUAUGAGUGUUCUUAGAGUUUCUUAACUUUUGUUCUGCAUCCACAUGUCCUUAUGAGUUACACAUUAUUCUGCAGUUUGGACAGACGUCGUGGAAGAGUAUGCUAGGUUUUCUAAACCUUCGUGAUUACAUAACACAUCCAUAGAGCUUCUGAUUUUCCAGGAAGAUUGGAAAUCCACAAGUCUGUAAGUUUUUGUUGACUGGACAUGGUAGCUUUUCAUUUCAUGUACACAUACCUGUAAUUAUUUUGGUUUCACGGAAUUUCUCACUAUUUUGGAUUCCCGAUGUAUUUGAAUGUUUUGUAUGAUCACAUGAGGAUGUAUCUGUCUUUUUCUUAAACUGUGUUAGGUCUUUAUUGAAUGCUUACUUUUUCACAUAUAUGUACAUGUACCAUGUAGACAUGCAUAACCGAUACAAGUUUUUUGUAUUUUUCUUACAGUUUUACCGUAUCUAGGCAAGGGAGUAGUUCUGGAUUAAAGAUGAGUAAUUUCUUCUCAAGUGUCUUCCAGUUUACUUCUUAGUGCCGUGUGGUUAAACUACUGGAUAGGGGCUUUCUCGUUUUGCUUCGAGGCCAGUAU